AUGAUUUGGAAGUUUCCUCCAAAUAAAAGAGAUGAAAUCCAUCGGGCUUAUAUUAAAGUUGGGCCAAAUCAACCCAUUCUUGAUAAUUAUCUAUUUUCUGGUGAUAAAAGUCAUCGUCGCUUUCAAGCUUCAUGGUUUAAAUUGUUUCCAUCUUGGUUAGAAUAUUCUAUAGAAGAUGAUGCUAUAUAUUGUUUUUUGUGCUUUCUUUUUGCUAAGGAACCUUCAAUCAAUACGGGUUCAAAUACUUUUAUUGAGAAUGGUUUCAGAAAUUGGAAAAAAGUAAAUAGUGGAAAAGAAUGUGCUCUUUUGAAUCACAUUGGCAAAGGUCCCAACUCAUUCCAUCAUAAGGCACUGAAAUCAUGUGAUGAUUUGAUGAAACAAUCACAACAUAUCGACAGACUUCUUCAUAAGCAAACAUCAGAAGAGAUUGAAAAGAAUCAAAUUCGACUAGGAGCAUCUAUAGAUUGCAUUAGAUGGUUGACAUUUCAAAGUUGUGCAUACAGAGGACAUGAUGAAAGCCAAAGUUCAAGCAACAGAGGUAACUUUUUGGAAAUGUUGAAAUUUUUGAGAUCUUACAAUGAAAGAGUGAAAAAGAAUGUUUUGGAAAAUGCUCCAAAAAAUGUUAAGUAUACUUCAAAUGAUGUCCAAAAAGAAAUUCUAUAUAUUCUUGCUACUAAAGUGAGAAAUUCAAUUAGAGAAGACAUUGGAGAUGCCAAAUUUUGUAUUAUUGUUGAUGAAGCUAGAGAUGAAUCUAAAAAGGAGCAAAUGGCCAUUGUUUUGAGAUUUGUUACUUUAGAUGGUUUUGUUCAAGAGAGAUUCUUUGAUCUUGUGCAUGUCACUGAUACUUGUGCAACAACUUUAAAGAAAGAAUUGAUUUCUGUCCUUUCUCAUUAUAAUCUCCAAGUUGAAAAUAUUAGGGGUCAAGGGUAUGAUGGUGCUAGCAACAUGCGGGGUGAGUGGAAUGGUUUGCAAGCUUUGUUUCUUAAAGAUUCUCCACAAGCAUACUAUGUACAUUGUUUUGCUCAUAGGUUACAAUUAGCAUUGGUGGCAACUUCAAAAGAGAUUCUUAAUAAUCUUUUUUACUAUUAUGUUGUUGACCUGACCUAUGUAUUACUAGCAUUAGGAGGCCACAGGGAAAACUUCCUCUUGGGUGAAAUUGUUAUCUAUCUUGGAACUCAGUUAGAGCCAAAAUAUCAUGAGAAUAUCUACCCUCCAAAUUCUGAUUCUACGCUCGAAAAACCUUACUGCGCUAUGACCUCCAAGUUUAAAGUCGAAAGAUCUGGUUCUCCAUCCCCCACAGAAGCUGGUAUCAUCCUAGGAGAAGCAGCCAUUGCAAUUGCAAGCUUACCAAAGGAACGAUUAUCACCAACGUAA